CAGCCUCGUUCGUAUGCAGCAAAAUGGCGGAAGUAGGAGGUUUGAAAACUAUUCACAUACAUUUAUCAGUGCUGCUUUUUGCCAUUUAUUGCUCGCCCUGCAGCUUUUAUGAGUUUCUAGGGCCAGCGCUGCCGAAUAGAACAUUCAUUUCAGUAUGGAACGCUCCGACUUCAGCCUGUGAGUCGAGAUGGGGGAUCAACAUCAACUUGAGUUCGUUUGAUAUUGUCACGAACAGGGGUCAGACUUUUUACGGCGAGUCGAUUGUAUUGCUUUACAGCAAUAUUGGAUUAUGGCCGUAUAUUAAUGAUAAAGGGGAUAAAAUCAAUGGAGGAAUUCCUCAGUUGGGAAACCUCUCUGCCCACUUGGACAAGGCGUUGGAUGACCUCUUGAAAGUUGUCCCAGAUCCAGACUUCCAGGGAAUUGGAGUGAUUGAUUGGGAGGCCUGGAGACCAGUGUUUGAUAGAAACUGGGACAGUAAAACAAUAUACAAGGAGGCCUCUGAGGCUCUGGUGAAACAACAGCAUCCUGACUGGUCAUCUAAAGCAAUUGAAACUGAAGCAAGGAAACAGUUUGAAGAUACAGCUAAAGACUAUAUGCUGCAAACACUGCAACUUGCUAAAAAAACAAGGCAUAAAGCUCUUUGGGGCUACUAUGGCUUUCCGCGCUGUUACAACGGCAAAGGACCUUCUGACUGCAGUGGUGUUGUAAAAGCUGAAAAUGAUCAGCUCUCCUGGAUGUUUGAGUCAAGCUCAAUUAUAUUCCCAUCUAUCUACUUAUCUCCAUCUUUACCCAGAAACAGAAGCUCAACAUUUGCAAAAUACAGCAUCCUUGAAGCAUUUCGCCUUGCCGUUGAUGAGCAUGGAAGCAAUCUACCUGUGUUCCCCUAUGUUCGGAUUGUUUAUGCUCAAACACAGAUUUUCCUCAACAAGGCAGAUAUGUAUUCUACGAUAGUACAAGCAGCAAAGCUUGGAACUGCUGGAGUGAUCAUAUGGGGUGCUAGCAGUGAUAUGGAAAAUGCAGAGUUUUGUACAGAAUUGUAUAAUUACAUAGAAGGAUUUGUUGGCCCACUAAUCAAGACGUUGUCAGAUAUUGCUCAGGACUGCAGUAUGCAAUACUGUUCUUUCCAUGGGAGGUGCCGGUUUGAGAUGGAUCCCCCAUGGAGUGAAAGUAUACAGAUAAACAGCUUGAAGAAUUCUUGGAAGUUUGUAGAGUGUCUUUGCUUUGAUGGUUGGUCAGGGAAAAAAUGUAAUGCUCCUGAUAUUUGGUAAUCAGUUUAAAAUAAACAUGCUAAAUCAAAACUGA